AUGGAUUUGGUAAACCAAAGGCCGGCUGCUUUUUGCACUGCCCAAGAGCAAGUUUCAACCUCCCCCUCCACCGCUGUAGCAGGCCGUCUCCAACAGGCGUCAUUCGAUCUCUUAGAUGGCUCAGAUAUUCAGUUCCGCAGGGAACACCGUUUGGAUAUAGCUCUGGUCAAGAAUCUUCCAGUUGCUCUUAUUUUCCUGCCAGCAGCAGACAUACCUACCUUCGUUGGUGAAGGGCGAGUUGAUCUAGGCAUCACAGGACAGGAUCAGGUAGCUGAAUAUGAUAUCCGUGGCCUGCCAGGUCACCAGUCUGGUGUAGAGGAGAUACUCGACCUUGGGUUUGGAGGAUGCAAGCUACAGGUCCAAGUGCCAGAGAAGGGCCCGAUAUCUGAACCCAAGGAACUCAUUGGGAAGAAUGUUGUCACGAGCUUCACAGGCCUUGCGGAAUCAUACUUUGCCAAGCUAGAAGGCGCACAGAGAAAGGAGGAUGGAACCUGGGAUAUAAAGACCAAGAUCAAGUAUGUUGGUGGUAGCGUAGAGGCAGCCUGUGCUCUGGGAGUAGCAGACGGAAUCGUCGACCUAGUCGAAUCCGGCGAAACCAUGAAAGCGGCUGGCCUCAAGGCUAUCGACACAGUCAUCAACACCAAUGCUGUACUUGUCAAGUCACGAAACAGCACCAAUCCCCUAGUGGACCUCAUUCUUCCAAGAAUACGUGGUGUUAUCACUGCUAAAAAAUAUGUGCUCUGCCAGUACAACAUCCCUCGCAGCAUCUUGCCCAAAGCCUGCGCAAUAACGCCUGGGAAACGUGCUCCAACCAUUACUGCUUUGGAAGAAGAGGGUUGGGUCGCCGUCAGCGCCAUGGUAGAGAAGAAACAGAUUGCAACCGUUAUGGAUGACCUGUCUGGUACUGGCGCAACUGACAUACUCGUAGUAGGGAUUGCAAACUCGAGAACUACUCCUUGA